AUGACACAUUGUCUCUGAGUAACACAACACCAGUACUUGAGUAAAGCACAUUUAAUUAUUUAAUUUGAAUCAAUCCUCGGACCUCGGACUUUGUGUAUCCUCGCUGCAGCUAUCUCCUUUCUCACCAUCACGUAUCGUUUUAAUCUUGUUAGUCACUUCAUUUCACUUUCUCUAAAAUGAGUUCGAAACAACUCUUGGAGAUAGACUCGUCAAUCUUGGAAAGAAAUCUCAUGUUAAAUGAAGACCUACUAAAUGUGCCUGAUGACCCACUGAAUCUUUUCUCGAAUCAAGAAAGUUCACCAUUCAAACUAGUCAAACCAAAUCCAGGUUUUUGUGUCAAAUUCAGAGUACGUGACAAUCGAAAAGUUUUUAUCAAUGUCUGCCACACGGAAGAACUUCCUGCGCCAAGAGACAUCUCUGAAGAUGAACUGGCAGAAAUCAUUCAAUCGGAAGAGAUUCCAGACUUUAAAAUCCCCAUGAGUAUAGGGGACCCACAUGAGGAGGUGGACAAAUCUGGAGGCUCUGCUACUGCAUAUGACAUAGCUAUCAAUUCAAAAUUUUUUAAAAAAAUUCAGGACAGCAAGUCCUUUAAUUUUUUGUUUUUGAUGAUCGCGAUAGAAGGUGUAGAAAACAAGUUCAAUAUUGAACUAAACAAUGACUACACUAUUUUACAAAACAGGAAGUUCCUCGGAAAUUUACAGUACCACAGAAUAAGGCAGACCCAGACAGGAAAACAGGAGAAAAAACAGAAAUGUCUCAUAGAAGAAAUCCCUCCAACUACCUCUGUGGAGAAGAAGAGGUCUGGCGGAGAAAUCUCACCCUCUCAGUCAACCGAAGGUUUCAACUUGAUGCGAAGCAUAGACCAACCUAUUCCCCAAAAGGAAUCCCGAACAAAUUUUAGAAUAUUGGAACUAGAAGUGGAAGGCAAAAAAUAUUACAUCGUGGAAGCUUAUUUUCCUAAAAUUGUUGACAGCACUGAAAUCUCGCUCAAUAUUGGAGAGGAUAGACUUCUUGUCAACUCCAAGAAAGGAUCAGUUUUAGCCGAUACCUUCUUCAAAUCCAAUGUGGUAGCAAACGAGUGUCGGUGUCAAUUUAACACAAAAUGUCAGGUCCUGACAAUUAUAGCUCCAAUUGCAUGAGAAAACGGAAACUGGUCGUGAAUGCAAAAUGUCCAAAUGUACAUCCCUGUGAUCGCUUCGGCAAAUAUGGGAGGGAAGCUCCAAGAAAAAUCUUCUACAUUAUUGUAUGUUAUUUUUCGUAAUUUACAUGCCAUAGACUCAAAAACUGAAUGAAUACUUUCCUAAAAAUUAGUUGAAUAGAAAUACACAAAUGGAAUAAAAUAUCAUUAAAACAGUUAGGUAUUUCUGGCUAGAGGCGACGCCUCAUAAACUUUAUACGAGUAAUAUUAUUUACUGAAAAUAAUCUGCUGAAAUGCGUAAAAAUUUUGACUUACGAUCGUCUUAUUUGCUUCGCUAAUAUCUAUUUCUUUGGCGGCAAGAGCUCCGUAAAAUUCUUUUUCUUUGGCGGCAAGCCGUUUCAUGAGAGAUUGUGUCAAUUUUUUUUCUUCCGACUGUUCCUUGAGUGAUGCAAAUUCAUACUGAUAAAUAAAUUAAGUUUUAUGGGAUUCGUAUUUGAAAAUGUAAUCUAUAUUAACAAAAGCGCCACUCCACUGACUGAUCUCUGUAUCUCUGGAUGGUUCGAGUCUUGUUUAAAGCGGAUGUAAGACUUUCCUCAGUGUAUGUAUCUAAUUUCGUUGUCUUAUGUAUGAUGUCAGACCCGCACCAGAAGAAUAAUGCCCAGCACUCGCAAAAUGACUCUGCUGUAAAAUCUGCAUCUUUUACCAAUUCCUGAAUUCUUUUCGUUCCGUUGGUGUUUCCCUCUAGAAUUGUAUGGCUCAGCUUUUCAUGAAAAGUGAGCUGUUCUUUUAUGGUAUUGAAUUUACCUGAUGUUUUUAACGCUGUAGCAUACAUACCUUCAACUACAUCAAGUUUAUUUCUGAUCGGUAAGAGUGGCAUGAUAUUCUCCACUGUUUUAUUCAGUUGGGCUUUUUCUUUUUUGCCCGAUUUGAGAUUUUGGUUGUCAAACCUUAAACUAAAACACAAUGGCCAUUUCGGCUUUCACAGCCAUCAUCAGAUGAUUAAAAACGAAAAACGAACUAAAAUUACAACGAAA